GUUGUUCUUGAAACGGAAADAUGUCUGCAAGUCCUAAGAGAAGUCGUACUCGUUCGAAGUCCAGGUCGAGGUCUCGAUCCAGAUCCAAGUCAAGAUCUAAGUCCCCAAGAAGAUCCAGGUCUCGUUCAAGGUCCAAAUCAAGAUCACGAUCCAGAUCUAGAAGCCGUAGCCCAAGACCCGGCGCAAGGAAAGGAGCUCGCAAGACUAAAGCAAGACCCAAAAAGAAAGCUGCCGGCCGCAAAAAGUCUCCUAAAAGAAAGGCGGCACAUCCACCAUACCAAGAGAUGAUUCGCGCUGCCAUCGUUGCCUUGAAAGACCGCGGAGGAUCCUCCCGUCAAGCGAUUCAAAAGUACAUCCAAGCAAACUACCGCGUGGUUGGAGAUCCAGGUGUUCACCUUAGGAUGGCGCUGAAGAGAGGAGUUAACGCUGGAGUGCUUGUUCAACCCAAAGGCAAAGGAGCUUCAGGAUCAUUCAAGCUUGGGCCCGCAGCAAAAGCGAAGAAAAAGGUUGUAAAGAAGAAGAAAGCUGCCAAGCCAAAAAAGAAGUCAACUCCAAAGAAGAGAAAAACACCCAAGAAGUCUCCAAAAAAGAAAGCAGCGGCCAAGAGGAGAAGAUCYAAAUCACCAAAGAGAAAGGCAAAGAAACCCAAGAAGAGAGCGACCGCAAAGUCACCAGCAAAGAGAAGAAGAGCCAAGUCUCCAAAGAGAAAGACAAAAAGRCCUGUGAAGAAAAGUCCAGCGAAAAGACGAACGAAGAAGUCUCCAAAGAAAAGAAAAGCAUGAACAUUGAACUCUAAACAAAACAAAAAACGGCUUCUUUAGAAGCCAACCACAUUAUAGAAAGUAAAUGGAGAAGCUUUUUUUUAUUUGUACA